UAGAUUUCCAUUGAAGUAUCAACUAACCAAUUUCGCUCUAAUCUAAAAUGGCAACCACGAGAAGAUCAAUUGCGAUCGUACUAAUCUCGGUGGCAGCUCUGAUUGUGAAUAUGGCGGAGUCUGCAGCGACUCCAGCAGUGGAUUGUACAAGCCUAGUUCUAAGCAUGGCAGAUUGUCUUUCGUACGUGACCGCCGGUAGCACAACGGUGAAGCCAGAAGGUACCUGCUGCUCCGGCCUCAAAUCGGUACUCAAAACCGACGCUGAAUGUUUAUGCGAAGCGUUCAAAAACAGCGCACAGUUUGGAGUCGUCUUAAACGUCACUAAAGCAUUAGCCCUUCCUUCUGCUUGCCGCGUUUCCGCUCCUUCCGUCAAUAACUGUGGCUUGGUAAAUACCGCUCCAAGCCUUCAUGCUCCUGCUCCGGAUAAUGCAGUUUUGGCGCCAUCCAUCUCUCCAGCGGCGGUGGACAUAUCUCCUUCACCAUCAUUGUCGAGCGCAAAUGAGGCAUCGCCUUCCAUGGCUCCGUCAAAAGCAAGUUCAGGCUCAUCGACUCUUUGCGUUUCAGCUGGAUCUUUUGUUGUGGCAAUAAUGGCAAGUUUAAUCUUCUAUUCUUUUUGAGAGUUCUUGACCACUUGUGAGGAAUUAUUUAAUGUUUGCUCUCAUAUAUUUAUUUAGUAAAGAUCAUUUUGUGAUGAUUAUAUGUGUGUGAUUGUUUUGUUGAUUCAUUUUAUGACAUUAUUUUGUACUUCAUAUUUGUUGCUAAUUAAAUACAUAGUUACAAGGA